UGAAAAGUUGGAAUGGCUCCAACGUUAACUUUACAGCUUUAAAUAAUUAAACCCCAUUUUUAAAUUCAAAAUAUUUAUCAUUUUCCCAAAAAUUACCUUUAUUUUAUAUUCAAAUUCAUUAACUUUGUUAUUUUUUAAAUGCCACUUAUUAAAUUUCCAAGACGGACCUGAAACCAUUUUCUCAACCAUAAUUAAUACUUUGAAUUUUGCAAUUUAAAUAUUGCUUGCUACCUAAUUAAUUUUCAAUAUAGUAAAAUUGAUUCCUUUUUAUUUCUUAAUUUUCUCCUACUUUAUUUUCUUCAUCUACUUUUUCUUGCAAAAACCCUAAUUUUUUCAGUGUCAAUUUUUUCUUUUUUCCUGACAUCAAAAUUUUAUUUUCCAUUUCAUCUCUGUAACUCUGUUUUUGCUCUGCAAUGGCUUGGGUUAUGCAUUCAUAAUCUUAGAAAAGUCACAGUAAAACAGAUUCUUCUUGCAGCAGAGCUCUGCUGUACUGUGUUGAUCUCUGAAUUAAAGAUAACCUAAUUGUUGUUUCUAGAGUUGCAGAGUACCUCAGCAGAUUUUACGCAUGCGUCAUGUUUUGGUUUGUACAAUUCUUCAAGUCUCUGCCUCUUGAAAGAAUCUCGUGUUUGAAUGUGAUUUUUUCUGUUGGUCGAAGUGUUUGAGCUGCUAAAGAUUUUACCUUUAUUAAUCUAGUGAUUAGGGUUUAAGCAUUUUGGAAUUGUUUUUCAAGGGUUUAAGUUUGGUUAGUAUAUGAAUGGAGGAAAAAGAAGGCAUAAAUGGUUCAGGGGUCACUGUAAGAGGUGAUGAAGCCCCUCAGAGCUACAGGGUGGAGCCAAGAGUUGAAAAUUCAGGCAACUUUGGUGGAUCAGCCACUCCGCCGGCGCCGGCUCCGCCGCCAAGUGCGGCGGCAUCCACGGCGGAUGGUAAGAAGAAGAGGGGAAGGCCAAGAAAGUACGCGGCAGAUGGCUCUAUUGUGGCAUUGUCGCCUAUGCCGAUAUCGGCCUCGAUUCCGCUCACCGGAGAUUAUCCGGCUUGGAAGCAGAGCGGAGGCCGGCCAGCUGACUCUUUCAAGAAGAAGCAUAAGCUGGAUUUUGCAAAUGCAGGGAGUACUAUGACAUACCCAGUUGGUGGAAGUUUUACUCCUCACAUGAUAACUGUUAACUCUGGCGAGGAUAUCAUGAUGAAGAUAAUAUCCUUUUCUCAACAAGUAUCCCGAGCAAUUUGCCUUCUGGCUGCCAAUGGUGCUAUCUCAAAUGUCACCCUACGUCAACCAAAUUCUUCUGGUGGUACUUUAACUUAUGAGGGUCGUUUUGAAAUUCUCUCUCUGACGGGAUCAUUUAUGCCUAGUGAUAACGGAGUGACAAAAAGCAGAUCAGGUGGGAUGAGCGUCUCUCUGGCGGGCCCUGAUGGCCGCGUAUUGGGUGGAGGUCUAGCCGGCAUGCUCGUCGCAGCAGGCCCUGUUCAGAUUGUGAUUGGCAGCUUUCUUCCCGGUGGAUCCCAACCAGAGCAAAAACCUAAGAAACCGAAAUACGAGCAAACAAUAUCCUUCGGUGCCAUCCCCGCUAACCCUGUUCCUGAAGCACCCUACGGCGGUCCAAAGCCGAAUCUGACAACGUCCGUGUCCUUCCACGGUGACAAUUUGGCAUCAGUGAACUCCAUACAUGGUUCCAAGAUGGCAGACCCUAGUCAUAACGUUUCUUUUCCCGGAGACGAUUCUAGAGAGCAAAGCCAUGACUUGACAUGCUGAUCGCGUAUGCGUUUUACUGUAUUUGUAUCUUAGGUUUUUAAUGUGGUGUAGAAGUUUUAGGCUCACCUCUUCUGACCCCUGUUACAAAGUGGAUUCAAGUAGAGCAUGAUUUGUCCGUUAAAUUUUUCAUAGGAACUAGGAUUAGAAGGUUCUGUGGGUAGGGAUUGAUUGCCUUUGUUGUCUGUGGUGUGUAACUUGGUUGUAUUAUUGUUAUUAUUAAACUGGAAUCAUUACUUCUAGUUGAAGUUUCAAGACUUGAA